CGGCUGACAGAGGCGCGGCGCGCGGCCCCCGAGCGCGCUAACGCGGUCCCCGCCGGAGCCGCGGCGUCCCCGGUGCGGCCCUCGGCCCCGCUCCCGACCCCGCAUCCCGCCGGCCCCAGGAUGGGCGCGCGCGCCUCGGGCGGGCCCCGGGCCCGGCCCGGGCUCCUGCUGCUUCUCCUGCUGCUGCUGCUCGGGCUCCUGGCCCCGGGCGCGCAGGGGGCGCGGGGCCGCGGCGGCGCCGAGAAGAACAGCUACCGCCGCACGGUCAACACCUUCUCGCAGAGCGUCAGCAGCCUGUUCGGCGAGGACAACGUGCGCGCCGCUCACAAGUUCCUGACCAGGCUGACCGAGAGGUUCGUGCUGGGGGUGGACAUGUUCAUCGAAACACUGUGGAAAGUUUGGAUGGAGCUCUUGGAUGUUCUUGGACUUGAUGUGUCGAACCUGUCCCAGUAUUUCAGCCCGGCCUCGGUGGCCAACAGCCCGGCCCGCGCCCUCUUGCUGGUGGGCGUCGUCCUCCUGGCCUACUGGUUCCUGUCUCUGACGCUGGGCUUCACCUUCAGCCUGCUGCACGUGGUGUUCGGCCGCUUCUUCUGGAUCGCCCGGGUCAUCCUGUUUUCCAUGUCCUGCGUCUACGUCCUGCACAAGUACGAGGGGGAGCCGGAGAACGCAGUCCUGCCCCUGUGCUUCGUGGUGGCCAUCUACUUCAUGACCGGGCCCAUGGGCUUCUACUGGCGCAGCAGCCCCAGUGGCCCCAGCGUGGAGGAGAAGCUGGAGCACCUGGAGAACCAGGUCAGACUGCUCAACAUCCGCCUCAACAAAGUGCUGGAGAGUCUCGACCGCACCAACGGCAAGUGACAAUCAGCCAGCCGGCCGGGUCCCCCCGUACCAGCGCCCUGCCUCAGAAAGCAAAAAAGAAGAAGGAAGAAAAGAAUGGCCAAGCCCAAGCAGUCCUAAUAAACAUUCCCGAGCAGGAAGCGGGGCGCUUUGCGAGGGUAUUUCCGGCCACGUGUCAGCCCCUAGGGACACGUUCCCAGAGGAAUGACAGGAUUGUUUACGCGGAACUACCCGCGAAGGGUCGUUAGUGGGGGGAAGAAAUAUUUUUUAAAACAAAGGAUAUAACCAUAUUAGCUGUAUGGUAAGAGUUUAUCUGUGCAUAGUGCAUAAAGUUAAUUUUUUCAAGCACUUAAAUACAUCUUUUGUAAGGUUUUUUAAUAAAGGCAGAUCGAGUCAAGUUUGAUAAAACUCUACACUGAGGGGGAGAAUAUGCUAAUCGGACAUUUUAGACGAAGAGUUCCAGCGCCACUGUUUGUCGUCACGGCAUAGGGAUUGGUGGGUGAGGUCUGUGUGCGUUCUUCUCAUGCUCCAAAACCGUGAACUUCGUUUUAUGUCACUUUUGGUUGACGGUGACUCAGCUGAUGGAUGUCGUUGUUUCUGGAUGUGGGUGGUUGGGGUCCAGGACGAAACUAAACAUCUUCUGGGUCCUCGUGACCCCAGCCAGGCCCCCGUCAAUUAUAUUUCUAAGUGGAGAAAGAGAUCGUUAUCCAUAGAAAACCCGA